UGUCAGUUUUGUUUCGGUUUUGUAUGAUUAUGGCCGUGUUGGGGCCAAAUGUGAGUGUAAAUAUGAACGGGCAUAGUAAUAUUCAUAGUCAGUUAACAAAAUCACUAGAAAGAAUUUUGGAGGAUGCUUAUUUGAGUGGUGAAUUAAAAUUGAGCGGUCGUAAAUUGCGGGAGUUCCCGAAACCAGUGAAAUAUGAUUUGAGUGAUACAGUUGUGGCUGAUUUAUCUAAGAAUCGCUUCAGUGAAGUGCCAGAAGAAGUGACAACGUACAUUUAUUUAGAAAAGUUAUUAUUGUCGCAGAAUAUUAUAAGGACUGUGCCAGACGGAGUGGGGGGACUACAGUCCCUCACAUAUUUAGACCUUAGUUCAAAUCAGCUCACGGAGCUCCCACGAGAGGUAUGCCUGAUGCCGCUUCAAGUUCUUCUCGUCCCCGACAACGUACUCACAAGUUUACCAAAGGAAAUCGGCAAGAUGGCCACGUUAGCGGAACUGGAUGCAUCCAACAACAGGCUCACACAGGUCCCCAUGACGUUGGGCGACUGCGCCGGCCUGCGGUGUUUAGAUCUUAGCAAUAAUCAAUUAGGACUUUUGCCAUUACAGGUGACAUACCUGCGGCUGGAACACCUGGACGUGAGCUGCAACUGCAUAUCCUCUCUACCUCUGGAGCUUCGCAACAUGAGCACCAUUAUCACAUUGAACCUGGACAACAACCCGCUCGUCUCCCCACCUACUACUAUAUGCAUGCGCGGGCGUGUGCACAUAUUCAAGUACCUAGAGAACAUGGCCAACAAGGACUCCCUACCUGCGCACAGGCGGGUCGACGAGACCCGGCGGUCCACCAAGCACAGUUCGUACAUCAGCUCUCCGAACACCGUUCACAUAACGUCAGGGAACGCCACCAUUGACUGCUUGAGGCACAAGCCGAGACAUGUGGUCGAUAGUGGAUACUGCACCGACGGCGUUGAGAAAAGGUGGUCGAAUGAUGCAGGCGGCGAAGCAGGUGGAGGGUCAGGGAGGUCAACACCAAGUACCCCCUCCACUCUCUCUCCCGGAGCUGCUCUGUCGCGGACACAAUCUCUCUCCAGUGAAACCCCCUUAGCUCCACUCACACCUAUACUCACUGGCCUCCGUAUAUCACCCGAAGGGACCAUUUCGAAUGGCGACGAUAAGAGUAAAUUAGCUCAUCAACAAACCUACAGACAAUACAAAGAAGCCUUAAGACAGCAGCGUCAACAGGACGUCUACAGACCCCGAACGGACCAACCCUCCCCGGAACUGGACUCCUCACCGCACUCCCAAAGCCCGAUCCACUUCCAAAAGUCACCACACUCUCCUAUCAACGGCUACAGUAAUGUAUCACCUUACAACCGAUCACUAUCCAAUCCUGUCUCAUCCAAUACAAACUCCCCAAUUCCACCAAGCUCACCCAUACUCCAUUCCACACCGAGAAGAUUCCAACCGCAGAACGGCAACGCUGAAAAACCAGAAGAAACCAAACGACCCGUCCAAAAAGUAGUACCAUCGAGAAACGUCAAUAAAAUGUAUUCCUCGGUGAAUGGGAACAUUGAUUACACCAGGGUAAACGGUUCAGAGACUUAUACUAAACCAACAUCACCGACUAAAUCACCAACAAAUACUCUAGGAUACAGUAGUCUCAAAUCGAAUAUACCUCGAACUGUAAAUGAUGCCAAGUUGUUAACUACAACAGUCUCGUACUUGAAAGGUGCCGGUGCUAAGCCUACGGGGAAGCUAGCGUGGAACAAAGAGGGUGCGCCCGACAAACUAAGCUUCACCAUGAAGAGGGAGUUUGACAAGCAAAAGGAGGAAUCGGAAUUGUUGCAGCAGCUGAGAUCGAUAAUAGAGUCACGGUUGAAGAUGUCUCUACCGGAGCAGCUGGCGCCGGUGUUGGCGGACGGAGUGGUGUUGUGCCAUCUCGCCAACCACGUGCGGCCGCGCUCGGUCGCCUCUGUGCACGUGCCGUCGCCUGCGCAGCCGAAGCUAACAAUGGCGAGGUGCAGGCGGAACGUCGACAACUUCUUGGAGGCGUGCAGGAAAAUUGGCGUUGAAGAGGAAGACAUCUGCUCGCCCGAUGACAUACUGGGCGAGGCCGCGGGGCAGAGCAUAGCUUCAGUCGCCUGCACCAUACAAGCUCUACUGGAACAUACGCACCGCUCGCCAAAGGAUAUCCCAAACCCAUACCAAACUAUCGACUCGAACGAUUCCACUAUAGACUCCAUCGAACUCAAUUACAACCAAUACCAAGUCAGAAAUAGAUACAACGAAGACAGGUACAUAAGCAACUUCAACGUCGACAACCAGAAUUACACGUUUGACGAAUCCGAAGAAUACCAGCUGAAUUACGAGAACAACAACAACGAAUACUCGCCGGUUUACAACAACACAGAACAGUAUUCGCCAGUUUACAACAACACCGAACAAUACUCGCCUGUUUACAACAACGAGUUGAGACUCCGAGGGCCUUAUCAGAACAACAGGAUACAGUUCGUGACGCCCUUCUGCAAAGGAGACGGUGUUUUGAAAAGCGGUGAUUUUGAAAUUUACGACACCGAUGAGGUUGAUUUUCCGGUGGAUUCUGUGAAUUUGGUGGAUUCUACAAAUUUAAAUGAGAAUGUAGAUUCCGAAAGGUAUGUCCGGGGCAAGAUGAAUCUCGAUAUACAAUCGAGUUACAAUAACGAUAUCGAAAUGCGAGUAGAAACUGCAACCGAAAGGGAAAAUAGAAUUUUCUACACGUGUCUAUGCUUAGGCGGAUUCAUUUUGUCGGCCAUCUUUCUUAUUCUAUACCCUUUGUGAAUUGGUUAUGGUACUAAGAAUUCGUUCUAAAGAAUUGUGGCGCAUUAAAUCAUUGUAAUGUUUUGAAUGGAUUCAAAUUGCGUUAAUCACAUUAAUUACGUAUUUAGAAUUGUUAAAUAAUUGAUUUUAUCAGUCAGAGGUCAGUUUCAACAAAAUUUUAAACUAUUAGCCCCCAUUCGCACGAGCGCUUUUUUAACGCCCGCUAAAAUAUUUGUAAGCGUUUAAAUAUAGUAUAAUGUUAUAGGUUAUUAACUAUUUCCAUCGCCCAAAAUUGAAAAUGCAGCAGACCUCGAAAAAAGCGUCGCGUUUUUAAAACGCUGACGAGUGAGCAUAUACCUGGGAAUACAUUUGUUCUAUUUGAACGCUUUUUUAACGUCCGUUAAAAAAUCGCUCGUGCGAAUAGGGGUUUAAAAUGAGUUUGUCAACUUCAAAAAUCCUGGUAUGCAUAGAUCAAUGAUAUAAAAUUUGUGGAUUACUUUAUUGUCAAUGUUUUGAUUGAAUUACUAAUUGUAUUAAAAUAUUAUAGAAAAAACAAUCAUUAAUUUAAAUUUUUAAUUAAACUUAACUUUAAAAAGUAUACAUAAUUAGUAUUAGUUUUAGUUUUAGUGGUAGAAUCUUUACAAAUAGUCAACUGACGUGUCAAAAGUGCUUGUAAACUGAGCCUACUUGAAAUAAAUGAUUUUUGAUUUGAUUUGAUUUAGCUCUCAACUGACAGCUUCCAAAAUCUGACUGAAAUCUAAUUGUGAUUAUGUGAUUUGAAUCCAAUUAAAUUAAUAUACUUACUAUUUUAAAAAUAAACAUUAGUUAAUAGAUUCACGUAUGAAGUAGACUUUAGCGGUUAUUCGGUAGUUGUUAUGAAAUUGAAAUACACUGUUUUCAAUUUAAUGCACACAUUGCCUUAUGACGUAACAGUAAAACUGUGAUUGAAUUCUAAUUGAGGCUGCUAUUAAGAAAAAUGAAAGGAAACCGGCACUUUAAAAUUACAUUAUUAAAUAGGUAACUAUGUACAUUAAAUAAAAACUUUCUUAAGGUUGUUCACAUGGGCAAUGCGGUUUAGCAAAGUUGACACAGAACGCGGAACGCAGAUCUCUUUCUGUCCGUUCAGCCUGCGGCUCUAUAGAAAAAGUUGGUUAAGUUAUUUCGAUAGCGGCUAUAUCGAGCUCGUUGACUGAGUAUCCGUCAAAAGAUAUUCGAAUUUGACAUUGAUUUUGACGUGAUUUUCACAUCACAACAGAACCACCUGACAACUUGUCAGUUUCUAUUUGGUCUACUUACUUUGUUGGCAAAAACGGCCACUGAAUAUCGGAUCGAUGUUCUCUUUUUUGAGAGAAUGCGACGAAUGCUAUGAAGAGAUCUAUUACUUUAUCUGUCUACGAUAUAACUGAAUAUAAUUGUACGUAGUACAUACACACUCACCUCGCUUUCGCUAGUCGGUACCAGUGUUCUACAGCGCCGCAGCGGCGCCAGUAGACUCGUGUGAACCGCCUUAACGCACAAAAUAUCUUCCUUCUAGUAAAAUAUGUAAUACCGAAUUUGUUUCAUCUCGUUGGGAUAAAAUGAGUGUAAGCAAAUAAAAUUAUUUGUACUAUUAUUAUUCUUAAGAGUUAAUUAAACUAAGAAAUCUUCCUUUCUAGUCUUCUUACUAGGUAUGUAUGUAAAUAGUAUACCAUAUCUCAUUUGCAUUUUACGGGAGCCCGCGAUUUUGUCUGCAAAAACUCCAUUUUAUUUUUAUUUUAAGAAAAACAAAAAAAAGUAGAAAAUCAAGAGUUCAAAGCGAUUAUCUAAUGAGUCUUUUUUUAAGAGAAUUUAUAUGUUUGUGUUGUUUCUGAAAUAGAUAUGAAAAAGUGCCGUUUUUCUCUUCGAUUGUUGAGACUGAUAAAAGGAAAUUGAUAGUAUUUGAAAGGAGGAAUUGUAUAACUUAUCCGAAUAAUAUAUUCAAUUAUUUUUUUGCUAUUUUCAUGAAGGUAGUUGUAACAAUACAAUGAAUCGUUUACGUAGGAUGAAAUGAAUGAAUAUGGAAGCAGUUACGAAGUAUUCGUAUAACUAAUACAAGUUAUUUUUUAAUAGUGUGUAUCUACAGUCGGUUUUCUUAUUAAAUUAAAUUUCAAAUCGCCGUUGAAAACCGCAAAGUAUUCUUCUUUAAUAUACGGACGCAAUAUUACACAUAUGGACGCAAAAUGUUUUUCUUUAAUAUACAAUAUUUUACAAAAAUAUAGCCAAAUUGGUAAGCGAAAGAUUAAAAGCUUCUAUACAAAUAGUUAAAAGUGACCAGUUUUUCAUCUCUUUAAAAAUGCCUAAAUUUCAUUUUUGCGGAAUAUACUCUCGAAUGUUCACGGGAAUUUUGAAACUCAAAACAUAGUAUUUGAACAAUAAUUAGGAAACAAAUAGGCAUAAUCUCGAUUCGAAAUUUACAAAGUCCAGCCAAUAUCAAAAGCCACAGACUGCUCUACCUGACUGAAGUUUCUAUACAAAUAACAUCUAUUUUUUUUUUUAUUUUACAAGUUAGCCCUUGACUACAAUCUCACCUGAUGGUAAGUGAUGAUGCAGUCUAAGAUGGAAGCGGGCUAACUUGUUAGGAGGAGGAUGAAAAUCCACACCCCUUUCGGUUUCUACACGGCAUCGUACCGGAACGCUAAAUCGCUUGGCGGUACGUCUUUGCCGGUAGGGUGGUAACUAGCCACGGCCGAAGCCUCCCACCAGCCAGACCUGGACAAAUUAAGAAAAUCUCAAUCUGCCCAGCCGGGGAUCGAACCCAGGACCUCCGUUUGUAAAUCCACCGCGCAUACCACUGCGCCACGGAGGUCGUUAAAAUGUCAAAAACAAAAAUCUAACUGUAAAAUAACUUGUAUUAGUUGUUGAUUGCUUCAGUGGACCAAUUUGUACGAUGGAAACCAUCAAUUGCAUGGAAUUAUGUUAGUUUGAAUACUUUGUCCAUCCUAUAAAGUAUUAAAAUGUAUUUGAAAUAAAUAAUUAAUUAAUUAUACAUAAAUAUUUUUUACUUGGCACUUUAACGCGAACACCGAAAUGUGACUGAAAAUAAUGUGUUUAUCCAUAGACAAUAGACAAGUGUAAUAUCCAUAGACAAUAGAAAGGUACACACCUAUUGUUUUGAGAUGUCAAAUGAAAAUUGUUUAGAUAUAUUUUGACAGUUCGAAUUCUUGGUUUUCAUUUCCAAAAACCAGAAGUUUCUCAGUCAGUUAGAUAUCUGAGUGUGCUGAUGUAUUUGUGAUGAAAGUUUUUUGUUAAUCUUGAAUAUUGUAAUUACUAGCAAUAAAUACGUACGAUAUUUUUGUUACAAGAACUACGCAAUUUUGAUCUUUUUCAAUUGUUCUGAUGACUUUCUGCGAUCUUUCGAUUGCUGUAUUAAAAUUGCGGGUUUCAGUAAACCUUUGCUACUUUUUUCAUCAGAAUAGCUGGUUUUCCUGUGAAUAUAGAAAACUUUAAUUCUUUAUGUUCUUUCGUAAAGAACUAUUCAAAGUUUUCUAUACUUCAGCUAAAAUAUAAUUUAGUAAUAUAAUGAAGUGAAACAUUUAUUUUGAUGCUAAAUUUCCAUAAAUUGCUGUGAGUCUCUAUGUCACAAAAAGGAAACUACUGUAUAAAUCUAACUCCAUCAAUUUUGGUUAGGAGUUAAAUUAGUCUUCCUUGGAUAAUUCAAGCCUACAUUUUUUAAGGGUGCCAAGAAAAAAAUUCCAUGCUGUUUAAAAGUAUGAAAGUUUGAAAUUGUCAUUAAAUCAUAAAAACAUCACAAUGUUAUUUGAAUUUUUAGAAUUUUUAUGCGCUUGUUUAGUUUUAACAUCGGCUUAUUUGAUUAUACAGGUUGUUAGUUUAAAAGUAGUCAUUAGCAUGAAUUAAUAAAAGUUUUUUUUUUAAUUUUUUAAUGUAUUUUGCGAAGUGAACUUACUAAAAUAAGCCGCUGUAAAGAAAUUUAUCUACUUUGUUAUUUAUAUAGUUUGGAAUUGAGAUAAAUACUUUUCAUUUAACACUUCUAUUUCAGAUUGAACUUUAGGUAGGAAGCCUUAAAAAUAACAUUGACUAAAAGUUAUGCAUUGAUGAUAUCCUAAGGUUCUCAGUUUCGAUCAUUUUAAUGAAUAAUGAAUUGAAAUGAAUUUAAAUAUGGCGUGUAGAAUGGAAAGCACAGUGAGAAUUUCGAAAUAUUAUUUUCCUGUUUAUAUACCAUAUGUGCGUGUUUUAUAACACACAAUAACCCUGUGUCUAUAUUUACAUACCUUAUGAUAAUAAUACAAUAUCGAUAGUACAAUAUCUUACGAAAUACUGGUGCAUAGUUUUUAUCGAUUAUAUUAGUAUGGAAAUUAGUAGUUUGAGCUAUUAGCUGUAUUAUACGAAUUAAUCUAAUCGUAUGUUUUACCCAGUCGGAUAAAUUUCUUAUAUGAUAAGAAUUGUAUGCCUUAAUCUUCAUAUCGUUAUUGUAUUUAUAAUGCAAACGCGUAACGUUUAGUGAUUAUUUGGAAACCGUUUUGCGCCUACAUAUUUGUGUUAGUAUAUAUUUUUUUUAUUUUUGUAAUUAGUAGAAUUUGCACAACCAGUUCACUGCCUAGUUGACGCUUAGUUGUGUUGGGAGUUUGGGUGACGUGGAGGGACGUAACCUAGGCGUAUUUUCUUAACUGCUGAAUUCCUUGAUUCUGACCAAAACUUUGCGCUAGAUAUUUAACUUUAAUCUUGAAUGAGCUAAUCUAUCACAUUAUAUACAAUAAAUAUAUGUCAAUUUCUCUUCGCGACAUAUGUCGUUGGUCGCAUGUUAGCACUACAGAAUACGUUUUACAUAAUAAUUUUAGGUAAAAAAUAUGACAUUUAUUUAUUUUAUUAGGAUAACCAACAGCUAUUACAAUUUCACAUGUUAAAGAUUUACAUUGAAAUAAAUAUAUGAGUAGUUAUUGCACAGCUAAUUAUAGGUUAACACAGCGUACACAAAUUAAUAUUAUGUCAAUACUACAGUUGUCAGAAAUGAAUGAAUGUCAAAUUACACAAUACAAAUUAAUAUGCAACAAAUGUCAGACUACAAUAAACUAAAAGCAAUAAAAUUAAAAAACAAGUCACAUAAAAUUAAAUAUAAAAAAACAAAAAAAAAAUGAUAUCUAAAAAAUUACAAAAAAAAAAAAAACAAUUACAAAAAAAAAACAAAUUACAUUUACACAUUACACUAAAGAUUACAAUACAAUUACAAUUAAAAUAUUAUGUUAUUACUAUUAUUACAUGUCAUUAUUAUAAGUCAAUUAGAAUAUUAUGUCAAUACCAGUUGUCAGAAAUGAAUGGAUGUCAAAUUAAACAAUGCAAAUUAGUAUUCUAAAAAUGUCAGACUACAAUAAACUAAAAGCAAUAAAAUUAAAAAACAAGUCACAUAAAAUUGAAUAUAAAAAAACAAAAAAAAAAUUACAAAAAAAAUCAAUUACAUUAUUAAAGAUUACAAUACAAUUACAAUUAAAAAAUAUUAUGUUAUUACUAUUAUUACAUGUCAUUAUUAGUCAAUUAUUAAUUAAAAGUCAAUUAUUACUGGAUGUCAAAUAAUAUUAAGUAUUGGCUUUUAAUACAUUCGUUACUAAGCGCUUAUAAUUGUUGAGAUUAUUGUGGAAUAAAUCUAUAUCCUUUUGAUGUUUCACACACUCAUUGAAUAAGUCCGAUACCCGAGGAAUGGGAGAAAAUUUGCCUAAUUUUGUUCUGUAGGUCUUAUGAUACAACAAAUUACAAGGGUAUCGAGGCCUACUUGAGCGCGGUGCUCUAAUCGAAAAUCUUUGAAUCAUAUCAGAACAGUCAACUUGAUGGUUAAAUAACUUAAAUAAGAAUGUCAUAGCCAUUAACCCUCUUCUAACUAAAAGACUCUCUUUCUUAAAGUAAGAGAGUCUGUCUUUAUAAUUAUGCAGAUUGAUUUUAAAUUUAUAAGAUAUCUGUCUCAAAAAGCGUUGUUGUACUCUUUCAAUCCUUUGUAUAUGAAUUUUAGUAUAUGGCGACCACACGGUGCAGCAAUAUUCGAGUUUACUCCGAACAUAGCAAUCAAACAAUCUAAUUAUAGUGGACUUGUGCUUGAAGUUUUUUGAACUUCUCAUUACAAAUCCUAACGAUUUAUUAGUCAAUUCUAAAGUUUUGUCUAUAUGGGGUACAAAAGUCAAUUUGCUAUCAAAAAUUACACCUAAAUCACGAACUGUCUCAACUUCAGCUAGUUGCUUGCCAUUAAUAUCAUAUAAUGAUAAUAUUUUGUGUUUUUUCCGUGUAAAUUUUAUGUGGUAACAUUUUUCGACGUUUAAAAACAUUUUAUUGUUCUUACACCAAUAAUUCAAUCUCCCCAAAUCUUCCUGUAACAAUUUUAUAUCUGAGUCACACCGAACAACUCUCGUCAAUUUUAGGUCAUCUGCAAAUAGGCUCACAUUACUGUUGUAAAAUAUUUUGGUUAUAUCGUUAAUAAAAAUGUUGAAGAAGAGAGGUCCUAAGUUGGAUCCCUGUGGUACCCCUGAUAGAGCUAUAAACAUUCCUGAUUUAAAUCCGUCGACCACCACAACUGACUUUCUGUUAGCAAGAUAUGAUUUACUCCACAUCAACAAAGUGCCUGAGAUACCAUGAGCACGGAGCUUGGACAGUAACAGACGGUGAUUUACCUUGUCAAAAGCCUUUGAGAAGUCAGCAUAUAUAGCAUCCAUUUGGUGACCAUUAUCAAUGCAUUCUGCAAUAUUUGUUACAUGCAGCAGUAAAUUAGUGUUAGUAGAUCGUUUGCACAUAAAACCGUGCUGCUUGUCACUGAUGUAUUUUUCUAAGUGAUUAUACAUGUGCUGGUAAACUAAUGCUUCAAAGGCUUUUGCAACGGUCGAUAUAAUAGAUAUAGGGCGAUAAUUCUUAACAUCGUUCUGUUUUCCAGACUUGUAAAUAGGAACUACUCUAGUUUCUUUCCAAAAAUCAGGAAACUGUCCAUCUCUUAAAGAUCUGUUAAAUAUAAUGCAAAGUGGCAAGGAUAGUGGCCACGCGCAUUUAAUUAAAAAUAUUGGGGGUAUGUUGUCAGGGCCAGCUCCUUUAUACUGGUCAAGUCUUUUUAAUUUUUUAAAAACAGUCGAACGGGAAAGAUAAAGAUUAUCUAUUUCAUCACACUCAUUUAAACUUACUAAACUUAAUUCAUUUUCAUCUUCUGCAUCAUGUUCAUAUACUGAGGAAAAGUGACUCGCAAAUAGUUCACUUACAGACUUAGGGUCACUUGCUUUUUUAUCAUUCAAGGUCAUAAUUGGAGGGUAAGCACUAUUUUUAUUCCGAAUGUUUUUUAAAUGAGUCCAGAAAUACCUCGGAUUUUUUCCUAUUGCCAUUUCUAUUUUUUUUAUAUAAUCAUUAUAACAAAUUGUUAUUAAUCUAUCACAAUCUUUACGUAAGUAUUGGAAUUCUAACAAAUCUAACGGGUUUUUAUAUUUUUUUACCUUCUCGUGAUAUUUAUGUUUUAAUUUAAUAAGUUUUAUUAAAUUUGAAGAAAACCAGACAGGAUAAGUAUUACGUUUGUGUUUGCUUAUGGGAACGUGUGAACAUAUAAUAUUACGUAGAAUUUGAUAGAAUUUUGUCACCAUUGCAUUUAUAUCAUUACACAUAGCAAAUGCAUCUAUCCACGAUAUGAUAUUUAAUUCGUUAAUAAUUUUUAAAUAGUCUGCUUUAUAGAAGUUCAGAGAAUUCCUAGACUCAUUCACCUGCUUAGAGUCAGCAAUAUUUUGAGAUAUUGUGAUUUCUAAAGGGGGGUGAUAUUUAUCCACCUUUCUAAUUGGAUGUUCACAUUUGCUAACCGUUAUCUCUUCGUUUGUUAAUAUUAAAUCAAGAAUUUUAUUUUUAUGGUUAUACGUUAAAUUAAAUUGUUUUAAACCAUUCAAUGACAUAAAAUCUAUAAGGGAGCUUUUUAAUAUGCAGUUACCGUAGUGAGAUGGUUGUGCCUCAGAAGUAUGAUCAGAUGAUGCAGACCAUAUUAUACCACUAAGGUUAAAGUCACCAGUAAUUAUUGUGGUGUUAUUGAUGUUAUUUAGGACUUUAUUAGUGUUAUCAAGAAAAUUUUCAAGUAAUACGUUAUUAACGGGUGGGGCUAAAUAAACAGCACAUACAUGUAAAGAUUUUUUACCAUGUUUAGUCAUAAGAUCAAUAGUGACCCAUAUAUCUUCACAGUCACUUUCCCACUCAGUUUCCCGCCGAGAAACCAGUUGAUUUGAGACGGCUAUGAGUACACCACCCCCAGUAUUUUUAUGUCCAAAUAAUAAGGACGUGUCCCUAUCACGUCUGUAUACUGUAUAUCUAUUAUCGAAAACUUCUCUAUCAAAAAUGCUUUUGUUAAGCCAUGUUUCCGUUAAUAUUAUAAUAUGAUAAUCGUGAUUAAGUAUUUCAUGGUAUAUUUCGUUAGUGGACGAACGAAGUCCCCUAACAUUUUGAUAGUAACAGUUAAUUGAAUUGAAUUUUGAAAAAUAAAAAUAAAUUGUCAUGCAUUACAAUACAUAUAACUUACUAACUAUUAUCUAAGACUAUUUUAAAUUAGCUAAAGUGUCCAUAUUUCUAAUGAAUUUAUAUUCCGUUGAAUCGCUCUGGCGCAUAUAUAUACACCCACGUUUAAUCCAAACAAAUCUAUAAUUAAGUUCUUUUGCCUUCAUACGUGCAGCAGCAUGUAAAGCCUUCUGGUUAGGUGACAAGUGUUCAGCUACGUAUAUGGGUUUUUGUUCACCACCAAGACCGACAUGACUGGUAUUUAGUUUAUCACCGACCUUCGCGGCUUUUUUGUUAAAGUUAAUUACUGAAGCCAAAAACUCAUCGCGUAUUCUUGGACAGCUAAACUUAACUAUGAUGGAUCUUGGCCUACGACUAUCUUUUUGUAUUUUUGACGUUCUAGUACACAAAUGGAUAUCAGUUUCCUUUAGAUUGUAUUUAGUAGUAUUCGCUAUCUGACUGACUACUGAAAGUAAAUUUUCGUUACGGUGUUCGGGAAGACACUGAAUCUCAACAUUGUUAGCUCUAGAAUGCUGUUCUAAUUGUGAUAAUCUAGUAUUAAGGUCAUUUAUGCUAGUUUGUAAAAUUUUAUUUUCAUUUUCCAAAGAAUUAAUACUCUUAAUUUUUAGCUGGAUUUCUUGCUUUAGCUCUUCAUGCUUUUGCUCCAUGAAGGAUAUAGAAUCAGUAAUUUGAGUGACAUUUUCGCUUAUUUCUUGAAGCUUAGAGCCAAACUGUGACAUUAUGUUGGUUUUGAACACAUCAAGUAAAGCCUUUAGUUCUUCUCUUACAACCUGGCGCACAUCAUCUAAAGUUAAGUCAUAAGAAGCGCCGGAGUCACUGUCAGAUAAUUGAGAUUUUUUCCUUUUAUUUCUCUUGGUAACAUUCAUACUGGUUUCUUGACUAUCUUUGCUGGACGGGACACGAAGAGGAGUGUUCGAAUUGUCUUUACCAGGACGUGGACGAUUACACGCAGGACACAACCAACAUGACAGAAAAUCUGAAGAUAAGUCCUUAAAGAGAUCAUUUGAAGUAUUCACACAAACAAAGUGAUACUUUUUAAUACAUGCUGCACAUUUUAGUAUUUCUGUCGUUUUGAAAUUGCGACUACAACACUCAUACAUCUUAUCAGUUUGGGUUCUCAACGAGUCUGCCAUUAUUAUAUAUAUAUUUUUAUCGCAAUUUUGAUUUAGAUUUUCAACUGAAUAAAUGUUCAUGCAGGAUCAAAUUAUUUUUUGAUAAAUAUUAAAUAGAAGAAAUAAAAAUCGAAAAUUUUAUUAAUUCGGCAGUAGGUUUCGAACCCGGGUAUAUUGAAUCACACUCCGACGUUCCACGCACACCGCCAUAAGUCCUUUUCAUAUUAUGCGAAAUUGUACAUCAGUAUUAAUCAGUAGGCCUAGGUAUGCGCAACACUAAUGAAUCAGUACUUUAAUGUCUUGUUGAUUUUGGAUACCGUCGAAAUGUAUUAGCGUAUGCGUGCGCCACUAAGUGUUAGUAUGGUCUUAUCGAUAAAUCCUAGCUCCAUCUACUGGUAUAUGAUGCAACUAUUUAAUCAAUUGACAGUUGUCAGUCAGCGUCAGUGGAUCCAGUGAUCUGAUUACAUAAAUUAGCGUUCGGCCGAUAGGUGGCGUUAGGCGUAAGUCGAUUGAUAACGUACUGCACCAAUUCGUCACUGUAUUUUUAAAAUUCAACGGUUGAAUUAAACUUAAACACUUGUUUUUAAAGUCUUAUGCACAGUUUUCAAUAUCGUCACAGUUUAUUUAAACACACUUCAAAGAGUUAUACGGUACAAAAGUAGUUUGAUUGUAGUAUAUAAGUAAAUAAAUUAGUAGAAUGUACAAAACUUAGUCAUAUUUGUUUACACGGUCAGAUCUUUUUAGUGCACUUUUAUGUCGAGUCUUUUCAUUCACUUCACUGAAUUUUCACAUUCACAACAUUUGUAAACGGCUUUAGGAUAGAUUUAUAAAGAUUUAUAUUUUUAUUUACAUAAACAAUGCGGAGCCUGUGUAACUGUGUAUUGACAGGAGAACGGUGGCGCCCUCUCUCGAACCUUUACCGUAUGUAUAUUAUAUACAACAUAAGCAUUAUACAGUCUAUUUGCUGUUUCAGACUUCAUUUAACCUGUAAGUAAAUAGUAUGAAAAUUAGUCCCAUUUGAUUCGGGAAAAAAAAUUGAACACAGCUAUUGGGUUCUGUAUCUCUAUGUAGGUAUAUAACUUUAAAAAAAGUUUUGUGCAGAUUUAAUUUCGUUAUGAUCAUAUUACAAUAUGUAUAUUGUACAGAUCACAGUUUCCUUACUUUACUAGUACAUGUAGACCUACAUGUACUAGUACCAGUACUGUUAUAAUAAAUUUUAUAUUUUGUAGGAGGCAAACGGUUUCUGUAGAAAUUAGUGAUAUUUAGAUUUUAGAAUAUAUUUCGAGGCUUUUUCAUGUCACUAUUGGAUAAAAGAUUUAUUUAAAAGACAAGUUUUAUAUAAUAUAAUAAUAAAUAAUCGAUAAUGAUAACAUGUAUUCCUAACAAAGCCAACUUAAUGUGUUGCCAACUAAUUCAAUGGAGUUUGCAUUUAUGAUAUAUAAAAAAAAAAACUAAUAUUUUGUGACUUGGCGGUCUGUAAAACGGGAUAUAAAUUUUGAUUUUUAAUAUCCUUAUUGUUAACAUUGUAUAUUUAAGAAUUUCUUCCCUUUAUAAUAACUUAGUGUAAUUUUUGUGCUUUAUUAUGAUUGCAAAUGCAGCUGAUUUACAUGAUUUUACAUUUACUGAUGCAAACGUGCACAAUUUUUUUAACUGACACUAAAUUGACAUGUUUAAAAGUCCUCGUUUUUCACAAGGAAUAUUUUAAAAAGUAUAACACAAAUUUUUAAAUGUGUCAAAUUAGUUAUAUUUGUGUUCAAUAGAAUUAGCAACUUGUCACAGUCGCCAAUAACCUAAUGUAAUUUUAUAAGCAUUCCAAAGAUGUGUUUAUAUUAAAGACUGUAGUACUUUAUAUGUUUAAUUGUAUUUACACAUUUCGAAUAUUUUUAAUUAUAUUCGUAUUGUAGGUAUUUAGUAUUAUAACCUUAAAUUAAAUAGUUUUUACGUUUCUUUUUUUCAAAAUGUGAUCUUAUUUCUAGUUUUGCUUGAUAACUAAUGCAUUUAAUAUAUUCUUGCGUACUAAUAGAGUACAACAAACUUUUAUAAUGUGUUGACUAUUUCUUUUGAUUGUGUGCGUGCAUAACUUAUUUUCUUACCUCAACUACGUUAAGAUUUAAUCGAAUUUGUUUAAAACAAUGAUUUUAUUUAUUUGCUCAUUAUAAAUGGGACUAAUUCUGGUGUACACACAAAUGAGUAUUCAUUAGAAUCACAGGUCAAAAUUGUGUUCUCCUGUUGCAAACAACCAUUUCUUUAUGGCCUGUCCAUUUAUUGUAGUCUAGACUUAAAAACUACAAAUCUCUAUCAUAUUAAUAAUAAUAUGUAAAUAAUUUAGACGUUUAAAAGUUGCGAUUCUCAUAAACAGACAUUUUCAGUCACACUUCUAAUUGAAUCAUUAGAAGGAUAAAGGAUAGAACAUUUUUUUAAAUAUCAUUACAAGUUCAGUACAGUUGUGUGUACAACUGAAUUGACACCAGAAGCCUAGCAUGCGACCAAGUGAAGAGAUAUAGACAAAAUGUCGUCCAAUGACGACGGAGUUGUCCCGUCCCAUCUCUUUCGUCCCAAAGCAUUGAAAGAGAUAACGGUAUUGCAGGUUGCGCCGCUAUUGGUUGAAAUUUUUCUAUUUCUCUUCAAGACAUAUGUCGUUGGUCGCAUGUUAGCACUACAUAACGUUUAUAUCAUUAUUUCAGAUAAACUAUAUGACACUUACCAGUCUGCCUUUACAGUAUACUAUACUUUAAUAUUCUAUUUACUAAAAACGAGAGAAUACAUACAACUUCAUUACAAGUUUCAUAAUAUAAAUUUCUUUGUUCUUUAGUAUACAGAUUAUAUAAAACUAUCACUUUUCGUCUUCAUAUUUUUCUAAAUGUUUAAUUGUAGGUAUUUUCGAAACAUUUUUGGAGAAUUUCGCAUUAUUUUUGAGCUUUAAAUUUGCAAGUACAACAGUUUUAUAUACUUAAUUAAUCUUUAAGAUAUAGAUUAAUGAUACUAUAUAAUUUAUUCAUAUAAAUAUUAUAAUGAUAUUUAUUGGCUUUUGGUGCUUGGGUAUUUGUGUAGUUUAUGAGUUACUUGACUGGUUUUAAUGAUUGGCUAUAAUACAGGUACAUUAGCAGCACGCCAUCACCCUAUGUCAGUUUAAAUAUAAUAUAGCUAAUUGCUAUGUGACGUUGCCACUGCCAUAGUUCCAUUCGGGAGAUCUUUGAUAAGAUUUCCAAGUCGUGUUAAUGAUCAUAUUAUAAAGGCAACACAUUCGAUUUAUUCUGCCAAAUAAUUCACCCCAAAAAAAUAUACGUCAAAUCUUUUUUUGAAUAUUUUUCUUCUGACAGACCAAGAUUUUUUUUUUCAAGAUUUUUACGGCACCUAGACUUGGAUAUCAUGUAUGAUAUGUAGUCAAGGGAACCCGUGAUCGAAAAAUAAAAUCUAACUGUCACGUAAAUCGCCCUUAGACGCCCUUAGAACGACGUUCCGUCUCUUUACGUUCUGUCUUGUCAUUCCGUUAGGAGUCUACACCAAACACACUAUCAGAAAAAAGGGAAUCGAAUGGCGUGUUGCCUGUAUGCUUGUGCCGUCUUACUUUGUGCUCAGAAAAUUGUUUUUUUUUCUAUAGAAAAGAUUACCGCAGGUCGGUUUAUUGGUUGUUUAAUUGGUUCUUUAUAAUGUGUUAUUCUUGCCGAUCGCAGAUAGGCAUUAAAACCAGUCUGCCAAUCUAUUCCAUUAAAAUUAUUAAGAAGUGUUUUUUAAUUUAAAUUAGAGAUUAUUUUUUGUUACUUGAUUUGGAAU